AUGUUUGUGAUGAACUGGUUCAACAAUCUGAGUAAUCGCAGCUUGGCGAUAACGCUGCUAAUUUGCAUAUCCUUAAUAUAUGUAUCAUAUACAUUUAAUUCGUGCCUAUUGACGAGUAUUAGUCGUACAUUCCAAAAGAAUCCCUUACGCAGUCUGCUCUUCUCCACCGUAAGCGUAAAGAAUCGUGGGCCCUCCGCUGUACGCAUUAUGCCGCUAAGUGGCUCAAACAGCAACAGCAACAAUAACAACGCUAAUAAUAAUGCAAGCACCGCAACGCAGGAGGCCGCCGACGGUUCACCCAAAUAUCGUUUCCUGCGCCAACAAGGCCUACAUCCGUCGCGUCAUCUUCCCGACACGCUCAUCAUUGGCGUGAAGAAGAGUGGCACACGCGCUCUACUUGAAUUCAUACGGCUGCAUCCGGAUGUACGCGCCGCCGGCUGUGAAGUGCAUUUUUUUGAUCGCCACUAUCAGCGUGGUUUGCGCUGGUAUCGCCACCAUAUGCCGUAUACCAUCGAGGGUCAGAUAACAAUGGAGAAGACGCCAAGCUAUUUUGUGACAAAGGAGGUACCUCAGCGGGUGCAUCAAAUGAAUGCGGCGACAAAGCUUCUCAUAGUGGUGCGUGAUCCCGUUACACGCGCCAUAUCCGACUAUACACAAGCGGCCAGCAAAAAAUCGGAUAUGAAACGUUUCGAAGAUUUAGCCUUCGUCAAUGGUUCUUUCGCUGUAGUUGACACCGCCUGGGGACCAGUCAAAAUAGGUGUUUACUCACGUUAUCUGGAGAAAUGGUUGAAAUACUUUCCGCUCUCCCAACUACUUUUUAUCAGCGGCGAACGACUCAUUAUGGAUCCAGCUUACGAGAUUGGGCGUGUGCAAGACUUUUUAGGUCUCAAACGUGUCGUGACCGAGAAGCAUUUUUACUUUAAUGCCACCAAAGGUUUCCCAUGUCUGUUCAAAUCGGAGGCUCGUUCUACGCCACAUUGUUUAGGCAAAACGAAAGGACGCAAUCAUCCACAUAUUGAGGAAGCUGCCAUUGAACGAUUGCGUGAAUUCUAUCGGCCGUUCAAUAAUAAAUUUUAUCAAAUGACUGGCAUCAAUUUCGCAUGGCCCUAG